AUGUCUUCAUGUGAAGACCUAUUCCAAAGUCCUUCCAUUAAACUGGGUCUAUGUAACACAUCAAGUGAUUUAUUUGGUGACUCAUCCAGCAAACUAAUCCGAGUAAAAGAGAAACAGAAUGAAAAACAAGUUGGGAUUAACAAUGUAGUCUCAUUGAUGCCAGACUUCUCAUCUUACGAAAAGCAUGAGUUAGUUAUGGAAUCAGAUACUAGUCACCCUGCUGGUUCUGGGCUUCAGUGUCAACUAUCAAGUGUUGAUCAAGAGAAUGUUAUUCCAUCUGACUGCAUUCCAAAUCUAGUUAUGAAAACUAAACCUCAUCAGAUGGCUUCGGUUUCAUCCGCUGCUUUUUGUAGUACUCCUGGUCCUUUCAACGCCUGUUUCACACCAAGGUUGCCUAAAGUUCAUAGUGAAACAGCACCUAAAACGGUAUCAGGUGAUUUCUUGCUGAAUGCCCUGCAGGUCACACCUAUUCAUCCAAUUUUUAAAAAUCAAAAUCUAUCUAUUAAAUCUGAAAUGGAAACAACAGUAUCUCAGUUAAAUUAUCAACCUAAGAAUACAUCAUUACAGCCUUACCAUUCAAUACACGGUUUCGUUUCAACGGAUAACCAUAAUUUAAUACAAGACAACCUUAUUCCAGUCGAUGGAAUUAACUUCUCUGAAUCACUUCAUCAAUCAUCAUGUAAUCCUUAUGUCUGUUUAUCUAAUGAACGGUUUGAAAACUGGCAACAUUACCCUGAAUCCCCAAUAAUAAAUAAAUUUAUUCAAGCUGGUAAAAAGUCUGGAUCGUAUACUAAACGAAUUACAAGACUUUUUCGUUAUGAAAAUAUGAUUUUAAAUCGUUCAUAUAUGACAUUAUAUGGGGCAGGAGAUGUGAAAGGAACAUUGUUUAAAAUUUGUGGACAGUCAGAAUAUAAGACAUUCGCUCAAUUAUUUGUUCCAUUUCGAAGGAAAAAUCUACGCAAAAUUGGUGAAGGAUGCUUUGGUGAAGUGUUUCGUUGUUUAUCAGAGUACAAUAAAUCAUCUAAUGAUAAAUUAGAUUAUGUGGUCAUCAAAUUAAUUCCAAUUGAAGGUGAUAUUAAAUUCAAUGGAGAAUCACAAAAAUCAUUCAAUGAAGUACUUUCAGAAGUUAUUGUAUCAAAAGAAUUGACAGCUCUUGGUAUGGGUUAUGAAAAUAACACAAAUGGAUUUGUUGAAUUAAAAAAAGUUCAUCUCAUACAAGGUUCAUUUCCUACAUACUUAACUAAAGCAUGGGAAAAGUAUGAUAAAGAGAAAGGAUCAGAAAAUGAUAAUCCCCGUAAGUUCGGUAGAAAUCAAUUGUGGGUCGCCUUAGAAUCUGCAUUUUGUGGAGUUACUCUCGAGAAUAAUAUUCCUACUUGUCCUUGUGCUCGAAUAUCUUUAUUGUUACAAGUUGGAUUGUCAUUGGCUGUAGCCGAAUUGGAACUGAAAUUUGAGCAUAGAGAUCUUCAUUGGGGCAAUGUUUUAAUUAGUCAGUCUUUAUUAUCUACUACAUCUACAUUGUCAUCUUCUUCUUCAUCAAUCCUUGAUAAUUCAAUAGAAAAUUCGUGUAAAUAUUGUUCUUCUUUGGAAAAAGGUGAUGCUUGCAAAGAAGAAUACAAUAAAUUUGUAAAAUUUCGUUUAAACGGUAAAGAGUUUAAAGUGGCAAAAUUCGGAGUGACUGUAUAUCUAAUAGACUUUACAAUGUCUCGUUUAGAACAAGACAAUGGUUUAGUGUAUGUCGAUUUAAGCUGUGAUCCAACGUUGUUUCAAUCAAAAGGUGACUAUCAAUUUGAUAUAUAUCGUUUUAUGAGAUCUGAAAAUCGAAACGAUUGGAAAACAUUUACACCGAAAACAAAUGUUAUGUGGUUCCAUUACUUAACAACAAAAUUAUGCUGCAAUUCUGAUCUCUCCUCUGUGUCUCCACCAUCUUCUACGUUGACAUUUCACAGCACUUGUUGGAAGAUAUUACGUGAUUUAGAGGCGUGUACCCGAUCAUUUAGUUAUGAUUCAGCCUAUCAUCUGGUUACUAGCCAUAAAUUAUUUAAGGAUUGUAGUAAAUUCUAUACUGUUUCAUAA